GCGCGGGGGGUGAACUGGGUGGACCUACCCGCCGCCAGCGACAGCAACAUUCAAUGGGCCGCAAUUAUCCAGUCCAGUAAACUUGGAUUUACGAUUAAAAAUUCUAUGUGAAAGACUUCUUAGAGGUCCAGAUGAACAGAGAUGCGAGUAAUUGGAGUAUCUGUCUGGAUGAUGAGGGGAGGAGGUGCGGCACUCUUGUUUCCUGGGAGGGGGGGAUGGUGUGACAUAUCAAUAGAACACAGACAAGGACAGAGAGGAUCAUCCUUAUGAACUGAAGGGGUGGCGCAUUGAGAGGUGCUUGCAGAGUUCCUCGACAUAGUUGUUCAAUGUGACAGCUUGGACAGAGAGGAAUGACAUAACGGCUCGCUCGGCGGGGCAUGAAAUUGGGGAAAUACCUAGACAAGUUAGCAUUCAGAGGAUGUUACUGUAAGCGCAGUGUUCGCCUACUGUCUUCCAAUAAAGAGGCAAAGACAGCAUUGAUUCAUAGCUGCUCUUCUCCCAUUGGCUGGAGCUCUUAAAGGGCGGUGCUGUGUCUCAUGCUGGUGGGCAGGAAGGGGCAGGCUUUAGGAAGAGUGUGUGUGCGUGUGUGUGUGUGUGUGUGUGUGUGUGUGUGUGCGUGUGUGCGUGUGUGUGUGUGUGUGUGUGUGUGUGUGUGUGUGUGUGUGUGUGUGCGUGUGUGUGCGUGUGAGUGUGUGUUAGGGGCGGUGGGUGGGAUAGCUGGAUAUGUUCCAGCCGAAUAGUUGAAGUCGGCACUCUUGUGCUUUAUGCUUGCAUGUCCGACUGCCUGCCCGCUUGCCUGCCUGCCUGCCUCGCUCGCUCGCUCGCUUGCUUGCUGCGUGGCUGAGCGUGAGACGGAUACUGAGAAGGGAACCCAUGUCGGCAUGGACCUCUGGCUGCAGCACUGGGCAGCGUGCGAGGAAUGACAACAGUUCACAUGGUCAUUAACUCCAGUUGCUGAGCCAGCCAGCCAGCCAGCCGCACUGAAGCCCGGUGCCACACAAGGUGCCUCCUGUGUUGGGGACAGCAGAAGGCCAAGCUCGGGGACCUGCUGAAACGAGAUUGCUGAUAGAAAGUUCCAUGUGAGACAUCCCUACUUGGUGAUCCCUGACUAGUUUCGAAGAGUUCCUGAGCCCACCUGGAGUUGCAAUAGGACAUUCAGAUGUAACCCUGUCGACUUCUUCCCCAACACUGAGACAUCAUCCGUUUUUGGACAUCUUGGCGACACUAGGACAACAGACUGAAGUCAUCUCGGAGCAUGCUUCGUCCACUUUGCCUGCGGUUGCGCUUGAGUCUUGCCGAAUGAUCCACAGUUUAACUGGCAAAUACCACGGCAGCAGUGCGAUCCCAUGCCCUGUUAAUGCACAAGACUACCCAGUCCCUUACCUUCCCUUUCCUGUCCAACAGAGAGACCAGUCCUAUACUAUCUGAGUGAAAGUGGUGACGUUUAAGCUGCAACUUCCAUCACUGUUUUUUUUAACUGUUUUUCCUGGAAUACAUUGUAACCGCUUCCUAGAGGACGAGCCUCCUCCUUGUACUGAGCAGCUCCAACUCAGCCAGCGACACAGACAUGGCUCUCAAUAUUGCCUCUAUACGCGACACAAAAUGGCUGACCCUGGAAGUGUGUCGGCAGUUUCAGAGAGGCACUUGCUCACGCAGUGACGAAGAGUGCAAAUUUGCCCACCCAUCAAAAAGCUGCCAGGUGGAAAAUGGGAGAGUGAUUGCAUGUUUUGACUCUUUAAAGGGCCGGUGCACGCGGGAGAACUGCAAGUACCUACACCCGCCCGCCCACCUGAAAACCCAGCUGGAGAUCAACGGACGCAAUAAUCUGAUCCAGCAGAAGACAGCGGCUGCUAUGCUGGCCCAUCAGAUGCAGUUUAUGAUUCCCGGCACAACCAUGCAACCUGUGCAGACCUUUCCAGUCAGCCAGGGUCUCGGCUCCAGUGCGGGUUUGAGCUACACGCCAUACCUGACCCCCAUGUCACACAGCAUGGGCCUGGUACCCACAGAAAUCUUGCCGAGCACCCCUGUGAUCGUCCCAGGCAGCCCACCUGCAUCGUUGGCAACUGCCUCAUCCGCCAAUCAAAAACUGUUGCGAACAGACAAGCUUGAGGUUUGUCGCGAGUUCCAGCGGGGCAACUGUGCUCGCGGCGAGACGGACUGCCGCUUUGCCCACCCGUGUGACAGCCCCAUGAUCGACACCAGUGACAACACAGUUACCGUCUGCAUGGACUACAUCAAGAGCCGUUGUUCCCGUGAGAAGUGCAAGUACUUCCAUCCACCGGCCCAUCUGCAGGCCAAGAUCAAGGCCACCCAACACCAGGCCAACCAGUCUGCAGUGGCCGCACAAGCCGUCGCUACGACAGCAGCCAUGACUCAGUCGACUGCCAAAGCAAUGAAGCGACCCCUCGAGGCAACUGUAGACCUGGCCUUUCCCCACGGCGUCCUUCAGCCACUACCAAAGAGAGCGGCACUGGAGAAGAGCAACGGUGCCAGCUCGCUAUUUAACCCCAGUGUCUUGCACUACCAGCAGGCGCUGGCCAGUGCCCAGCUACAACAGCCCGCUUUCUUUCCCACAGGGUCAGUCCUGUGCAUGACGCCUGCUAGCAGUCUUGUUCCAAUGAUGUACAGUGCUACGCCUGCUACUGUUUCUGCAGCAACAACUGCGGCCACAAGUGUCCCCUACGCAGCAACAGCCCAAGCCAAUCAGAUCAUCCUAAAGUAAGCGCCACAAACGGGCGUGUCAAGGAGCUGCAUGAGAAAACCUCAAACUGCCCAUGUGUAAAUACCACCUUAGCUCUCGACCCUGCAUGCUGAGAGUGUAACACUAACUGCACUUAAUGCAGUGUUGGCUGAACACACACACACACAUGCACACACGAUGUAGGGUGUAUGUAUUUUUCGAAAGAGUGACCGUAAGAGUCAAAGAUAUUGUUAUUGUAUUACCGUACUCACAACAUAGGCACACCACAUUUAAACCCUUUCUUUCAUAUUUAUUUGACAAAAUUCCAUGCAAAUUAUGUCCUUGUUUUGUAAAAAAACAAUAAUUUAUAUAUAAAUAUAUUAUUAAUAUAUCUAUAUAGAUGCUUGAUUUGCACUAUGAUGUAUGGUGCACUCACGGAAACCUUGUGAGUAACCACACAGACGUUGACGGCCCAAAGUGUUUUAGUCCGGUGGGGCGCGAGUGUCGCUCUCAUCAACAUGGAGGAAUCCAUCUGCCCUUGAUGCCCUAUUUAAGUGUGACCUGCAUCGUAUCAACCCUGGAAGCACUUUGCCAAAGUCCAACCUGGAGAAGAUGUUUUUGUUGCCCCCUCACCCUCCAAAAGCUGUUCGGAACACCACCGACAACAUGUGAAAUUGUCACGGUGCUGCCUCCUGAAACAGCAUUCGGCUGGGUGGGGCUGGUCGGCCCGGGGCUCCGGGUCAGUGCCAAGGGCUUGAUGGGGUUUCGUCCCAGACAUCCUAAGCCAUGUUGUGUGUAUGUGCGUGCGCAUGAGAACGGAUAGUCUGCCGGCAGAACACGGCAGACUUGGCGACCGCAGCGUGUUUUGGUGGGGUUUUCAAGAACUAAACACAACGGUGCAAUUAGCAACGAUUUCAAGACUUGAACUCGGAGGGCUACACCCGUCUAACUGCGCCAUCGCCCGUAAUUCUGUUUCAUUUUAGAAAACUGUAGAAGUGCCUAAACAUGCUCACCAGAAUCAUGACCAGUUGCAGACAAGCUGGUGUCAUAUUUGUCUUUUGUUUUGUUUUUAAUACCAACUGCCCAUUGACAUCACACGUGUCUUUCUGGAAGUCCCAACUAUCUCUCACAACGUACCAUCUUUUCUUGCCAGUAAUUUACAAGAGAAAUAUGAGUGAGGAGGGGAAACAACUUGCGUCUAAUGUAUAUACGUAGUUUACAUUCUGAAUAUAGAAUAGUAUUUCGAGUUAGUGCUAUGUGUAUUAUCAAAGUAUGUUUGGACCCCAGUUCACCUGCACUCCAAGCAAGUCAAAGAUCAUGAAAUGUUCCUGUGGUUUUUUUUUAACCAAUCGGCAAAAUCCUGUUGUCCGAUGUUUUUAAAAACAUGAUUUCAUUUGUAUUCAUUCUAGCCAAAAACAAAUGUAAUUUCAUGGUGCUUGAUGACCAUCGACAAUCCACAACCUUGGGUUUCAUUCUCCUCGAAUGUCUUCAUGCAUUGCGUUGUUUGUGUGUGUGUUUCAUUUAUGACUGGGGCUUACAAGGUUAUAUUUUGCUGUAGUAUAACUUAUGUUCAACUUCUUGUUAGUUACUAUGUUGUAAACACAUUAUGAAUUGAAUGUAACUUAUUGAGCUGUGCCACGCCAUGCAUAGUUGGUGGUGUGGAAGUGGAAGCAUCCAUUGACUUCUGAAAGCUACUGGACCUACAUGACCUUCUUGUUGGGAAGAAGAAAAAAAGAAUGGUGUUGCAGGAAUGAGGAAGUAGAAAUAGACUUGCUUGUAUUGUUGGAGAACAAAAUUAUGUGUUUUGUGUUGAUGGGAUUUUACCCCCCCAAAAAAAGGAAAACAAUGUAAAGAUGUACUUUUCACUCUGGUAUGCUAGUAUUUCAUAACAAUAUUAAGUUGUUGCUGUGGCAACCAAAUGUUGCAGUUACUAAAGUUUGGUAUUUUUGUAAAAGACUUUGUUUAGUUGACUUUUUCCCUAGGACACUGUACACACGGUAGAUUGUAAAAAAAAAAAAAGAUUAACAUUUCUUAUUCUUCACUGAGAUUGUAACAGUGAACUAAUAUUUUCACGAGAAGACAACAGCCGCUGUAGCGCUGUGACUCUCACUAGACUGAAUCACCAUAUGAAUAUAGAAAUAUGUACACACCUGUCAAUGAAAUGUUGAUGACUUAGCCUGACAGAGGACAUUCAGGCUCCACACUGACUUGUUGUAUUCAGUGUAACGCAAGGGUUCAGGAUUGCACUUUUCACAUUGAUUAAACUGUUUCCUGUCAACUACCCGAGACAUUUACUUGCAACAAUCGAUCAUGAUGUUACAUGGAGACGUUGUGUUUUAAACUGAAUGUAGUUAAGGGGGGGAGGCAGUACCUGCACUUGAGAUGUCCUUGUUUUGUUACCCACAAAGCCCUUCUCAUGUAUCCUAAGCAUGGACGGUGGAUGGUUAAAAGGCCAACGGGAGAACUUUCUGAAGUGCUGGUCCCCUGAACAGGCUCCGCGUAUCCAAACUCAUUGCCUUAGCUCAAGUCCAUUGCGCAGAUUGUUUUCUGUGAGGAGGGUUUCGGUAAAACUAUUAGAAGAGACGUUCUUUUAUUGACCCCCUCGUACUUUCAUUUCAUUUCAAAUAAAGGAAUAAUGACUGCUAUAUGAAGCCAUGUUUAUUCAAUGGAGGCCAAAAGGGCUGACGACAACGGAGUAAAGAGUCAAGGAUGCGUGGAACUUGUUGACCCUGCGUGACGAGGCGGCAAUUGGCUGUUUUGGCCAACAGAGGGCGACGAGCGGGAGACUGGGUGGCAUCCUUGCUGCUGUGCGCCCAACCAAACAGGACAAACACACGUCUCAUGACUUUGCUGUCAACCUUUUUUUAUUUUUUUUUUUUUGGGGGGGGGGGGUCUUUAUAUUAUGUUCCUCAUAGUCAAAUGUGCGUUGGUUUCAACGAGGUAAUGUCAAAUCUAUUGAAAGAAAGAAAUAAAGAAAAUCAAUGUC